AGAAGCUGCUCUACUCGUCUCGGUAUCACAGAAUUUUCAACUAACUUUAACUUCCGUCUGGAAAACAAAGCAAUGCUUCCAGCCUGAUUCAGUGCAGUGAGUCCCGAAUUUCCUGUGGCUGACAAGAUAACACCUUUCAACUUGGCACAUACUACAUUGAUGUGGUGCAGGAUGUCAGAGGAGAUGAUCGUCAUCGCCAAGUUUGACUAUGUAGCCCAGCAGGACCAGGAGUUGGACAUAAAGAAAAACGAGCGACUGUGGCUGCUGGAUGACUCCCAGUCCUGGUGGCGAGUUCGCAACGUCACCAACCAGACUGGGUUAGUGCCCUCUAACUAUGUGGAGAGGAAGAACAGUGCCCGGAAAGCCUCCAUUGUAAAGAAUUUAAAAGACUCUCUCGGCAUUGGGAAGGGGAAACGAAAGGAUGGAGGGAUGAAGGACUCGGCCUCCAGCGCAGACGGCGACAUGUUUGCAGACAACGGCGAACGCCUGUACGACUUAAACAUGCCCGCCUUGGUUAAGUUCAGCUACACGGCCGAGCGCGAGGACGAGCUGUCGCUGGUGAAGGGGACGAGGGUCAUCGUCAUGGAGAAGUGCAGUGAUGGAUGGUGGCGAGGGAGCUACAAUGGCCGCUCGGGCUGGUUCCCCUCCAACUACGUGACGGAGGACGUGGACGGGUCGGCGGGCGGCGACCUGGCCGGCUCGCUGAGGGAAAAGCUCGGGUCGGUGGCGCCCAUGACCAAUGGUAGCAGAGUGCUCCAUGUCGUGCAGACGCUCUACCCUUUCAGCUCCAGCAACGAUGAGGAGCUCAACUUUGAGAAAGGCGAGAUCAUGGACGUGGUCGAAAAGCCCGAGAACGACCCGGAGUGGUGGAAGUGCCGCAAGCAAGACGACCAAGUCGGCCUGGUGCCUAAGAACUAUGUGACGAUCCUACAGAAUUCCCAUCCUGUACCACUGAGUGCAGGGCCCCCCACUCCAGACUGUGACAACAUUGGACCCUCUUUGAGUGGGAAGUUUGCAGGCAGGCAGUGGUACUAUGGCAGGGUCACGCGUCACCAGGCAGAAGUGGCCCUCAACCAGCGAGGGGAUGAGGGGGACUUUCUCAUCCGGGACAGUGAAUCAUCGCCAAAUGACUUCUCCAUUUCCCUGAAAGCACAAGGCAAGAACAAGCAUUUCAAGGUCCAGCUCAAGGAUGCAUUGUACUGUAUCGGGCAGAGAAAGUUCAGUUCUAUGGAGGAGCUGGUGGAACACUACAAAAAGGCCCCUAUUUUCACCAGUGAGCAAGGGGAGAAACUGUACCUCGUAAAACCCAUGUCCUGAUCCUGUACUUCACCUAGCUCAACUCUUCUCUCCCUGGCUGUAAUGAACGGGGAUUUCCACCAUUUUUACAAGAUGGGAGAAACAGACUCUCCAUUGGACUGCCAUCUGUCAGCAUCCAAUUGGAUGACAUUCAGAUAUCCCCAGUCCUGUUUGGGUUGGGUAUAUGUGUGUGUAUGUUGACCUGUACUGCAAAUAUGUUUCUCUUAAUAUAUGUCUAGUUACUCUUCCCUCAAUCUGAAAUCAAUCAUAUUUCCAUGUGAAUUUGUUUUAUUUAUCUGUGAUUGAGUAUGAGCAAUUUUCUCCUCAGUCUUAUUACUCCUAAUUACACCUUAACAGCAGAGCCAGUCUGAUCAAAUAAUGGACUCACAGACCCCCUGCUUAUAAAUGGACAUCUGAGUGAGUGUAUCUGCUAGCCUGGGUUUUCCCAUGCUGCCUUGCGCGCGCGAUUUUAUUCACGCUGCUAGGCAGCCUGGAUUCUGUGGACUUUGUUUUCACCUCAACGAAGGAACCAAUCACAGAACGGAGGGA